AUGGGCGGUUGCACAAAGACAGUUCAGCAGUGGCAAAAGGUAUGGUUUGAUAGAAAACAUCUGGCCAAAAAAGCCGCUGCUGAUUCCCGGAGGUCGGCUUCAAUGACUGGAGGUGGUCCAUCAGUGGCACCCCAACUCUCCCAUUCGGAAUUAAAAGUCUUAUCCAUAAUGGGAGAUGGGUUCGGUGACCGCCAAAUUGGAGCCAGAGUGCCAGCUUUCACUGAAACGAAUGAAUCCAGACCAUCAACCUACAGUCAAGGAAGCCAACUGCAGCAGCAGAGCCUGGACUUGCAUGUAGAAGUUGAGGAGUACGCCGACCCAAGCAAAGAAAGCCAGCAGGUCUACUCUAAUUCAACGAAAACCGAAAUUUCGAUCGAAAUUGAUACACAAGAAGCCUCACAAUCUGCACGUCCCAGAAGAAUACGAUCUGCUGCUGGCUCCGAUGUCAGAAGCAUGUUGUACCAGUAUGAAGAUGGACGUGCAGAGAGAGAGACAGUGAGGAACACCGAGCUCGCAGGCAUCAGGGCUGCCUUGGAAGAGUUGCGUGACAUAGGGCGAGAUUAUUUAGAGUUUUUAAGGCAAAAUAGGCGUUAG